GUACCAUUCUAUAUUAGUACUCUAGAGAGAGAAAGACUUGAGAGUAAGAGAGAGGGAGAGAGAGAAAGAGCCAUCGAAUGUGGUGAAUGAGAAUUUAAUUAAGGACCCUUUUCCUGUCUAUCUCUUUCUCUUCUAUUUAUUUAUUUUUUUAAAAUUUUUUUCUAUUCCAUGUUCAUCUAGAGAGAGAAAGCUUAAUACUUUUAAAACCCAUAUAUCAGUUACGAUUUUGAUUACAUACACUUACAAACAAAAAAGAAGAAAAAGAAAACAGAGUGAGAGUGGCAUAGUGGGUUUGUGUUGUUGUAGGGGGUGGGGAGGUGGAAGAGGAGGUUGGCACUGGCUAAGUCCUCUUUCUCUUCUCUUUCUCUCUCUCUCUCUCUCUCUCUCUCUAAAUUUCUAUAUUUUCGUGUUUGUUUUUGGGCUAUAGUAAAUUACGCCUCUCUCUCUCUCCAAGAUUUCAUCCAAAAAGUGCCUUAACUCACUCUCCAAAAUCAUGCCGAUAUCUUUGAUAUUUUCCUCAGCCGUUUCCACUAUUCAAAAAAUAAUAAAAAAAUGAAUUUUUAUUUUUUCUUUGUGGGUUAAAAACUUAAAAUGGGUUUGCACUCCUUUUUUUAUAUUUUUUUUGCUUCCAUUCCAUGAAUGGUGCUUCUUAUCACUCAAAUAUCCGCCAUUUUUGUUUGGUUAGGGACCCAAUAAUCCGUUUUUCCAUACCCACAAGUCAAAAUCUCUUCCUUGUUGUCUAGCUGUCUUCUCUGUGUUUCUCAUUUUUUUUUAUUGUAAAUGCUUUCUUUUGUCAAUGGGAGUAGCUGAUUGUUCACAACAACUACUACUGGUUUUGUUUGCUACGUGAAGAAGAAGAACUGGAGCAAGUGGUGGUGAAGAAGAAGAAGAAAAAACAAUGGAGUUUGGCAGUGGAGGAGGAGGUGGUAGUGGGUCUGGAGGAGACCAUGAUUCCUCUGACCCACAAGGGAGGAAGAAACGCUACCAUCGCCACACUGCUCACCAGAUUCAGAAGCUUGAAGCAAUGUUCAAGGAGUGUCCUCACCCAGAUGAGAAACAAAGGAUGCAAUUAAGCAGAGAAUUGUCUUUGGCUCCUAGGCAGAUCAAAUUUUGGUUCCAAAACAGGAGGACCCAGAUGAAGGCUCAACAUGAAAGAGCUAAUAACUGUACUCUUCGUGCGGAGAAUGACAAGAUCCGAUGCGAGAACAUAGCAAUUAGAGAGGCACUCAAAAAUGUGAUCUGCCCCUCUUGUGGAGGUCCACCAAUCAAUGAAGAUUCGUAUUUUGAUGAACAGAAAUUGAGAAUGGAAAAUGCCCAAUUGAAAGAAGAGCUCGACAGAGUAUCUAGCAUUGCUGCAAAGUACAUAGGGAGGCCAAUUUCCCAACUCCCACCAGUUCAGCCUGUUCAUAUUUCAUCAUUGGACUUAUCAAUGGGAAGUUUUGGUGGCCAUGGAUUAGGAGGGCCAUCCCUUGAUCUCGAUCUUCAUGCUAGUUCAUCCACCACGGCCAAUUUGCCUUUCCCGCCAAUGGUUAUUACGGAAAUGGAUAAGUCCCUUAUGACAGACAUUGCUGCAAAUGCCACGGAAGAGUUGCUUAGGCUUUUGCAGACCAAUGAACCUUUGUGGAUGAAGUCGAGCGUGGAUGGGAGGGAUGUUCUUAAUCUCGACAGUUAUGAAAGGCUUUUUCCGAGACCUAAUAGUCACUUGAAAAAUCCUAACUUCCGGAUUGAAGCGUCCAGAUAUUCUGGUGUGGUUUUCAUGAAUAGCUUAGCAUUAGUUGACAUGUUUAUGGAUGUGAACAAGUGGGUGGAGCUAUUUCCCACAAUUAUCUCAAAGGCAAGAACAAUUGAAGUGAUAUCAUCUGGAAUGAUGGGCAGUCACAGUGGCUCUUUGCAGCUGAUGUACGAAGAUCUGCAGGUGCUUUCACCUUUGGUACCAACUCGGGAAUUUUUCUUCCUUCGUUAUUGUCAGCAAAUCGAGCAAAGCUUGUGGGCAAUUGUUGAUGUGUCUUAUGAUUUUCCACGAGACAACCAUUUUUCUUCUCAAUAUCGAUCUCACAGGCUUCCUUCUGGAUGCUUGAUCCAGGACAUGCCUAGCGGGUAUUCCAAAGUUUCAUGGUUAGAGCAUAUAGAAAUUGAAGACAAAACUCCAAUUCAUCGGCUUUAUAGAGAACUUGUUUACAGUGGGUUAGCAUUUGGAGCUGAAAGAUGGCUUGCAACUCUUCAAAGGAUGUGUGAUAGAUUUGCAUGUCUAAUGAAUUCAGGCACUUCUCGGGAUCUUGGAGGAGUAAUUCCUUCAGCUGAUGGCAAGAGAAGCAUGAUGAAACUUGCGCAAAGGAUGGUCAACAAUUUCUGUGCAAGCAUUAAUCCAUCAAAUGGCCAUCAAUGGACCACACUUUCCGGUAUGAAUGAUGCUGGAGUCAAAGUCACUGUCCAUAAGUGCACUGAUCCAGGCCAACCCAAUGGUAUGAUUCUUAGUGCAGCUACUACCAUUUGGCUUCCAAUCCCUCCACAAGAUGUCUUCAAUUUCUUCAAGGAUGAAAGAACUCGAUCCCAGUGGGAUGUUCUUUCUAAUGGCAAUGCAGUGCAAGAGGUCGCUCACAUAGCAAAUGGUUCACAUCCAGGGAACUGCAUUUCGGUCCUUCGAGCUUUUAACACUAGCCAGAACAACAUGUUGAUACUCCAAGAGAGCUGCAUAGACUCAUCAGGAUCACUAGUAGUCUACUGUCCGGUUGAUCUACCGGCAAUUAACAUAGCGAUGAGCGGUGAGGAUCCAUCUUACAUUCCUCUUCUACCAUCGGGAUUCACAAUUACUCCGGAUGGACGACCAGACCAAGGAGGAGGAGAUGGUGCAUCGACGAGCUCAAACACACACGGUAACUUGUUGGGGAGGUCAAGUGGGUCACUAAUUACUGUUGCAUUUCAAAUCCUUAUAAGCAGUUUGCCAAAUGCUAAAAUGAAUAUGGAAUCGGUGACAACGGUUAAUAACCUUAUCGGAACUACCAUCCAGCAAAUUAAGGCAGCUUUGAAUUGUCCUAGUUCCUGAUGAUAAUCUCUGGCUUUUUUUGUUUUUUUAAUUUCUUUUGUUUCUUCUGUCUGCUGCUACGACAAACAACUGUCUCUCUACCAUCCUUAAAUAUAGUGAUCAGAAAAGUUUCAGAAGAGAGAGUAGUGGUUUUGUGCUGGUGGUUAUUCAAUGUUGGGAGAAAGAAGUAAUUUGGAGUUAGUUGGGAUUUUGAAUGCACCCUCAUCAAGAAGCUGAAGCUGUUUUUAUUUACUGCAUGCCCUCUCUCUACUACUGCUUCUGGUGCUGAGUUGCUGUUUUUUUUUUUUGUUUUGCUGCCAAGGUUCAUUACAUUUUACACCAACCACAAAAAAAUUAAUUUUUCUUUUCUUCUGUUUUUUUUUUUUUUUUUUUUUUGACCCUUUUUGUUUUUCUUGAUUGGCAAUCAAUUUACCAUGGAAGAAUAGACUUAAACAUGAGGGAGUCAAGAACGCACCACUACUAGUCUUCUCUUUCCUGCUGCUUGGUUUUUUUUUUUUUUCUAUCUCUCUCUCUCUCUCUUUCUUUAUUAGCACUAAACGACACACAAGCAAGAAAGAUGUAUAUGUAUGGUUCGGGCAUUGACUUCCUGUUUCAAGGACUUCAUUGUUAUCCAACUUUAAAGUUUCUUUGUUAUUUUUAACUGAUGUUGUAACUUGUAACAAGUACUUCCUCUCUAUUUUUACUUUCA